CUGGGGGCCGGGGGCGCGCGCCUGAGUCACCUCUCUCCUGGCCGCCCCCCUGCGCGGCGAGGAGCGCGGCCCGCCGGCUCCGGUCGCCUGCAUCCGCUGGAGCCUCCCGGGUUCCGCUCGCCGGGGCUCAGAACAUUCCAGGAACGUCGGGACGCGUCCACCGGGGCUCGGGCUGCCGCGGGCGGGCUUUGGGCUGAGGCUCCGCGCCCCCUGGCGGCCCCCGCGGGGAUCGCAGGCAGGGGCUGGGCCAGGGGUCCCUCCGUCCGCGGACCGAUUUGAUUAAUGAGGAAACUGAGGCUGGAGAGGACCCGGGUUGGGGCCUUGCAUCAUGAAUUGCGAGAUCCUCCGUUUUGCUGCAUAUCCAACCCCAGCGACCGGUGCAGACUUGGGACGGCCGGGCAGAAGAGGUGCCAGGGAUGGCGCGGGGUCGGGCCGGGCGCCUCCACUGUCCCCCAUCCGGGGGCCGCCGCUCGGGGCCGGUGAAUCCUGUCCGGAGCUCGAGCACAAGCAGGUGCCUUAUAAGAGCACCGAAACUGAACUUCUCGGCAACCGGAGAUGUCCAGGUGGCUGGUCAACCGCUCUCUCCAACCCAAACCUCCGCAGUCCUCCAGGACCAUAGAGAGCUGCGCAGCGACCGCCCCUCUCGAAGCUCUACCCCUCUGGGGAACGGUGAGAGCGGGAUCGGGGGCUAGAGAGACCGGAAGUGCGGCGAGCCCGGGGACGCGCUGGCCGCGUCGGCGGUGGGAAGCCUCGGUCCCUCUCCGGUUUUUCACUCGCGGCUCGGAGACAAGGGCCCCAGAAGAACCUUGGGAUGGACGAAGAGGGAGUGCGGCAGCCCUCUGGGCCACCCACGAGGAAGAAAUUCUUCAUACCGCUGGAGGAGGAUGAGGCUCCUCCUGCAGGGGUCAAGCCCUUAUUCAAAUCUACCCGGAGCCUACCCACCAUGGAGACCUUGCCUCAGGCAGCCCCUCAGACAUAUGCUGAGUAUGCCAUCUCGGGACCUCCAGGAGGGGCUGGAGCAUCACAACCCCAGGGGCCUGAGCCCCUGGCAGGAGAGACUGCUAAUCAGGCCCCCAAACCAGGGGCGAAAUCCAGCAGCAUCAUUGUGAGCCCCCGCCAGAGGGGCAACCCCGUGCUGAAGUUUGUGCGUAAUGUGCCCUGGGAGUUUGGUGAUGUGCUUCCCGACUACGUGCUGGGCCAGAGCACCUGUGCCCUGUUCCUCAGCCUCCGCUACCACAACCUCCACCCAGACUACAUCCACGAGCGGCUGCAGAGCCUGGGGAAGAGCUUCGCCCUGCGGGUCCUGCUUGUCCAGGUGGAUGUGAAAGAUCCUCAGCAGGCCCUCAAGGAGCUGGCCAAGAUGUGCAUCCUGGCUGACUGCACCCUAGUCCUUGCCUGGAGCCCUGAGGAGGCCGGGCGCUACCUGGAGACCUACAAGGCCUAUGAGCAGAAGCCGGCAGACCUCCUGAUGGAGAAGCUGGAGCAGGACUUCGUCUCCCGGGUCACUGAAUGCCUGACCACCGUGAAGUCAGUCAAUAAAACAGACAGCCAGACCCUCCUAACUACUUUUGGGUCUCUGGAACAGCUCAUGGCUGCAUCGCGGGAAGAUCUGGCUUUGUGCCCGGGCCUGGGACCCCAGAAGGCCCGGAGGCUGUUUGACGUCCUACAUGAGCCCUUCCUGAAAGUGCCCCGAUGACCACAGCUUUGAAGGAACAUUUGGUGUAACAAUAAAGCAUUUUCGUGGCCCAG